AGGAGGAAGAGCUGUGGGGGAGCAGGUCCUUCCCCUGGGAACCACACAGAGCGGAGGCACAGUCGCGGGUGCAGAAUGGUUGUUUUAUAACUGGGAUCCUCGGUGACGUAUGGCUGCCUGCUCCUUGGCAGCUGUCUUUAUGGACCAGUAGGCAGAGCGAAAUUGACGCUGACAAGACUUUUGCAUCUUGGAAGGGACUGUAAUCUACUGUAGUGAAGAGCAGAGCCUUUCAAUCAGGCGGGUGUAAAUAAGAGACUGAGGGGAGUCCAAAGCAAAGGAAGAGGAGGAAAAAAAAGUGUGUGUUGGGGGGAGCAGGGAAAAGCAUUUUUGGUGGAUGGUAUGAAGCCAGCCAUGGAAACUGCAGCCGAGGAAAAUACUGAACAAAGCCAAGAGAGAAAAGUGAACAGCAGAGCUGAAAUGGAAAUUGGCAGGUACCACUGGAUGUACCCAGGCUCAAAGAACCACCAGUACCAUCCUGUGCCAACCAUGGGGGACAGGGCUAGCCCCUUGAGCAGUCCAGGCUGCUUCGAAUGCUGCAUCAAGUGUCUGGGAGGAGUCCCCUAUGCCUCCCUGGUGGCCACCAUCCUGUGCUUCUCUGGAGUCGCCUUGUUCUGCGGCUGUGGGCAUGUGGCUCUUGCUGGCACCGUGGCCAUUCUGGAACAGCACUUCUCCACCAACACCAGUGACCAUGCCUUGCUGAGCGAAGUGAUACAACUGAUGCAGUAUGUCAUCUAUGGAAUUGCGUCUUUUUUCUUCCUGUAUGGCAUCAUUCUGUUGGCAGAAGGAUUUUACACCACAAGUGCAGUGAAAGAACUGCACGGGGAGUUUAAAACCACCGCCUGUGGCCGAUGCAUCAGUGGAAUGUUCGUUUUUCUUACCUACGUGCUUGGAGUGGCCUGGCUGGGUGUGUUUGGUUUCUCGGCAGUGCCUGUGUUUAUGUUCUAUAACAUAUGGUCAACUUGCGAAGUCAUCAAGUCACCACAGACCAAUGGGACUGCGGGUGUGGAGCAGAUCUGUGUGGAUGUCCGGCAAUAUGGUAUCAUUCCUUGGAAUGCUUUCCCGGGAAAAAUAUGUGGCUCUGCCCUAGAGAACAUCUGCAACACAAAUGAGUUCUACAUGUCCUAUCACCUGUUCAUUGUGGCCUGUGCUGGAGCUGGCGCCACCGUCAUUGCCCUGAUCCACUUCCUCAUGAUACUGUCUUCUAACUGGGCUUACUUAAAGGAUGCGAGCAAAAUGCAGGCUUACCAGGAUAUCAAAGCAAAGGAAGAACAGGAACUGCAAGAUAUCCAGUCUCGGUCAAAAGAACAACUCAAUUCUUACACAUAAAAUGUUUGCCAGAGUGUUUCUGCCGACGAUUUUACAGCUCUGACAAAUCAUCAGCUGCUCUGCAGUACAGAUGUGUAUUCCACCAAACUAAUGUAGACGUACCAACAUUUCACUGUCUGUCUCAAGCUACUGGGAUGUAUCUCUAGGAAAACCUUUCAGUGGGUAAAUCUUUUUCUUUAGAACAAAUAUUGGAGGUUUCAUGUCAGCCAUUUUAAAAGGCAACACUUUGACAAACUGAUUGUUCAUCCUUUGGAAAUUUAUGGCAUAUGUGUACUUAUUGCUAGAGCAGUUCUAUCAAGGCAGGUAAUGAGACUACAUCAUACUCCUUGAUAGGGACCUGUGACAUGCCAGCAUCAGGGGAUGUGACCAUAAAUUCACAUAUGCCAUCUGCCCUCAAAAAAGAAAAUCUACAUGGGAAAUAAAAUGGAAUUGGUGUAAAGUUCCACUUCUGACAGCUGACAUUUAUUUAACUUGGGCUCAAAGAUAAUGUGAUUCCUAUGACUGACUUUAAAAAGCAAAUUAGCACCCCUCAAUUCCAGGAUCCAUUAAUUGAAAAAUCCAUUUUUCAAUAAUACUAUAAGAAAAGCUACAACAAUUCUUCUGAACCUAACACAGAAGCUGAAUUCUGACUUGGUGACAGGAUUUCCAGAAUCGAUUUUAUAAUAGAUUUCAUUUAAACAAUGAUAAUGACCCAGUUAUCAUUCUUCUUGUGAAAUAAGCGUCAGCUCUGCCUUAAUGAUUAUUUGCCUGAAAUUUCUAAGAAUUUAUAUAACCAGAGGCCCCAAACUCCUUCACAGAAUUUUGUUCCAUACACAUUUUUAAGAAGUGUUACCUUAUUAAAAUGACCACCAUUCUAAACCAUUUAUAAGUGGUCUGGAUGGUGAGUUUACAGUUUCAUACCAACUAUCUAAAACCUAACUGCAAAUUGACCACAGACCUCUAACCUCCUACUUUUAUAGACUUGAAUACAUAAGUAAUUUAAAUUAGGGUUGGUAUUUAUUUCAUUUUUUUCUUAUCUUAGUUUCCUGGAAUAAUGUUUGAUGUUCAGCAAGAAAACUGCUUGAGUAAGCCAUUUCAAAAGAAAUUUGCCUUCCAAAUCAUUGUGUUCCAGAACAUUAAGUGACUAUAGGUACUGGGUAUUAGUGAUGGUAAACUUUGUGUUGUUCUUUUUGAAAUGAUCCAUAUAACUGUUGGGUACAUCAGUGCUUUUCAAAGGGGCUGCAUACUAUAGGGUUAACUAUGUAUAUUCAUGUUAAGAGUUAACUUGUGGUUUGGCUGUUUCCUGGAUUUUAAAACAUACAUGUGCAGAAAUGUAUUCAAAUGAAAGGAAGCAUACCUUUAUCAAGAUGCUAUUAAAAUUGAACAUCAACUAUAAUAUUUCAUUUGGAUUUUUUUUUUUUCGGUUAAUGCCUAAAAAUGCCUAUUCGGAUUUUUGUUUUUUAAAUUGGAAGAAGCUCUCUUCUGUGUAGAACAGUUCCAAAGUAGCUUAGUGUUUUGUUUUCCUGUUGCAUGACAGACUUAAAUAUUUUUUCCAGCAGUGGAGGUGCUGUUAGAGUCCAGUGUUUUAGAAGAGGCAGUGUCUAAAGCCUAAUUUUACUUUUCUAAUUCUGGUAGCUAUUACCAGGAAUUUUUGAAAGUUUUGUUGAAGUAGUCUAAUAUUUUUUAUGUAAAGAGCAUUAAAUUUUGCUAUGUAUAAAUUUUUGUAACCUAACAGUGAAUCAAUAUUUUCUAUCAGUGCCAAGGGCUUCCUGUAGUUCUAUUCAAGUGUUACAAUAAAUAUUUGUAGAUAAUAGUCAAUACUUGUGUAUGCUUAUUUUAAAGAUCUAUUUAGGUGGAAAUAGUUGUGGAUGUACUAAGAGUAAUGAAAUAAAAUUAUGGCUUCAUUUGCUUGCCUUUUUACCAUACAUAAAUCCUAUCUUUCUCUGUCCUCGGUAUGGUGUCAUUUUUAAAUAUGCAUCAUCAAGAUUUCAUAUUUGCAUAGAAAUCUAGAAGGGCUGUUUUAUUUCUGACAAAACUCUUCAGUGAGAGCAAUUUAAAAAAAUACUGGAACCCACUGGGCUAUAUUUUGCAUAAAAUGCCACUAGCACUUUAUAAUAGAGUUCUAUGAAAAGUAUAGAAUUUUUCUGACUAGCUUCUCCAACAAAAUAAAAGCCAUCUAUUGAUAAGACUCACACAAGGUUUACUCUUGGGCAAAGUAGAAAUAAUGGGGAACCUUAAUAAGGGUCCAUGUACCAUUGGCUAAUUUCAAACCCAAAGUAAAAAAGUCUAAUGAAAGAUUAUUUUAUUUGGAAAUGUAACAAUCAAGUUCUAACAGUUACUCUUUGAAGCAGCAGAGCUAAAUUUGUUAUUUAGGAUUUCAUUUUAUAAUUUUUUUAAAACUAUUCUGUCAGCAUGCUUUUGCAUUUGGAUAUUCUACAUCUGACCUUUCUCAGUGAGGACCAGCCUUUGUCAUUAUUGACACACUGACAUUUCUAAAUGAGGUGCUGACUCUGGAUCAUCGCCCUUCAUUCACGCCUGGCUCAUACCCGGCAGGAGAACAAGUGGGAGCCCAAUUAGCCUGCUAUUUGUCAUCGUACAUAGUACCUUCUGUUUAAACAGCAUUUUGUACAAUUAACAUAAGUCACAUGAGUCUCCUAAAUAAAUAAUGGUCUGA